CCAACUUUGCUCAAAGUCGGCAGACUAAGUUGGUGCAGGGACCCUGGGUUGGACUGAGGGCCUGGAGGGAAACUAGCCAAGGACCUAUGCAGUCAAGGAUGGAGCUGGCCUCCAGGGAACGAGGGAGGGGCUGGCAGGGACACCCUGUGCCUUGGGAUCUUCCGCUGGGCCUGCUUCUAAAUGUGCUGGCUGUCACACUGGCUCAAGCCCUGACCCUGGAUGUGCCUGGCUGUUCUCGGGGAAGCUGCUACCCAGCCACAGGUGACCUGUUGGUGGGCCGUGCUGACAGACUGACUGCCUCAUCUACCUGUGGCCUACACAGCCCCCAACCGUACUGCAUCGUCAGUCAUCUGCAGGAUGAGAAGAAGUGCUUCUUGUGUGACUCCCGGCGCCCCUUCUCUGCUCGAGACAACCCGAAUAGUCAUCGCAUCCAGAACGUAGUCACCAGCUUUGCGCCGCAGCGCCGGACAGCCUGGUGGCAGUCGGAGAAUGGUAUCUCCAAGGUCACCAUCCAGCUGGAUUUAGAAGCUGAAUUCCAUUUCACCCACCUCAUUAUGACUUUCAAGACAUUUCGUCCUGCGGCCAUGCUGGUGGAACGGUCUGCAGACUUUGGCCGCACCUGGCACGUGUAUCGAUACUUCUCCUAUGACUGUGCGGCUGACUUCCCGGGAGUCCCCCUGGCCCCACCACGGCACUGGGACGAUGUAGUCUGUGAGUCCCGCUACUCGGAAAUCGAGCCGUCCACUGAAGGCGAGGUCAUCUAUCGUGUGCUGGACCCUGCCAUCCCCAUCCCAGACCCCUACAGCUCACGGAUUCAGAACCUGUUGAAGAUCACCAACCUACGGGUGAACCUGACUCGGCUUCACACUCUGGGCGACAACCUGCUUGACCCCCGGCGGGAGAUCCGAGAAAAGUACUAUUAUGCCCUCUAUGAGCUGGUUGUGCGUGGCAACUGCUUCUGCUAUGGACAUGCCUCCCAAUGUGCCCCCGCCCCAGGGGCGCCAGCUCACGCCGAGGGCAUGGUGCAUGGGGCUUGUAUCUGCAAGCAUAACACUCGUGGCCUCAACUGUGAGCAGUGUCAAGAUUUCUAUCAUGACCUGCCCUGGCAUCCAGCUGAGGAUGGCCACAGUCAUGCCUGUCGGAAGUGCGAGUGUCACGGGCACACUCACAGCUGUCACUUCGACAUGGCUGUGUACCUGGCAUCCGGCAACGUGAGUGGAGGCGUGUGUGAUGGAUGUCAGCACAACACGGCUGGGCGCCACUGUGAGCUAUGCCGGCCCUUCUUCUACCGUGACCCAACCAAGGACUUGCGGGAUCCAGCCGUGUGCCGCCCCUGUGACUGUGACCCUAUGGGUUCCCAAGAUGGUGGCCGCUGUGAUUCCCAUGACGACCCUGUGCUGGGGCUGGUUUCAGGCCAGUGUCGCUGCAAAGAACACGUGAUGGGUGCUCGCUGCCAGCAGUGCCGUGAUGGCUUCUUUGGGCUCAGUGCCAGUGACCCUCUAGGAUGCCGGCGUUGCCAGUGUAAUUCCCGGGGCACAGUGCCUGGGGGCACCCCCUGUGACUCCAACAGUGGAACCUGUUUCUGCAAGCGUCUGGUGACUGGACAGAGCUGUGACCGCUGCCUGCCUGGCCACUGGGGCCUGAGCCAUGACCUGCUGGGCUGCCGUCCCUGUGACUGCGAUGUGGGUGGUGCCUUGGACCCUCAGUGUGACGAGUCCACGGGUCAGUGCCACUGCCGCCAGCAUAUGGUUGGGCGACGCUGUGAGCAAGUGCAACCUGGCUACUUCCGGCCCUUUCUAGACCAUUUAACUUGGGAGGCUGAGGAUGCCCGUGGGCAGGUGCUGGAUGUGGUGGAGCGCCUGGUAACCACUGGGGAGACUUCAUCCUGGACUGGUUCAGGCUUUGUACGGCUGCGGGAAGGUCAGGAGCUGGAGUUCCUGGUGACCUCUCUGCCAAAGGCCAUGGACUAUGACCUGCUACUGCGCUUAGAGCCCCAGGUCCCUGAGCAAUGGGCAGAGGUGGAACUGACUGUGCAUCGUCCAGGGCCUGUGUCUGCCCACAGUCCAUGUGGGCAUGUCCUGCCCAAGGAUGACCGAAUCCAAGGAAUGCUGCAAUCAGACAGCAGGUUUUUGAUAUUUCCCAGACCUGUCUGCCUUGAGCCUGGCCUAUCCUAUCAGCUGCAUCUGAAGCUGGUGCGGACAGGGGGAGGUGCUCAGCCUGGGACCCCCUACACUGGAUCUGGACUGCUCAUUGACUCGCUGGUGUUACUGCCCCGGGUCCUGGUGCUAGAGAUGUUUAGUGGGGGUGAUGCUGCCUCUUUGGAGCGCCGUGCCACCUUUGAACGCUAUCGCUGCCAUGAGGAAGGUCUGAUGCCCAGUAAGACCCCUCCAUCCGAGGCCUGUGCCCCUCUUCUCAUCAGCCUGUCCUCCGUGAUCUACAAUGGUGCCUUGCCAUGUCAGUGUGAUCCCCAAGGCUCGCUGAGCUCUGAGUGUAACCCUCACGGUGGCCAGUGCCUUUGCAAACCUGGAGUGGUUGGACGCCGCUGUGAUCGCUGUGCCACUGGCUACUAUGGCUUCGGACCCGCAGGCUGUCAAGCCUGCCAGUGUAGCCCUGAGGGGUCACUCAGCGGUCUGUGCGAGGGGACUAGUGGGCAGUGUCCCUGCCGAACUGGUGCCUUUGGGCUUCGCUGCGAUCGCUGUCAGCGUGGCCAGUGGGGAUUCCCUAGCUGCCGGCCAUGUGUCUGCAAUGGGCGUGCGGAUGAAUGUGACCCCCACAGUGGCGCUUGCCUGGGAUGCCGGGAUCACACAGGGGGUGAGCACUGCGAAAGUUGCAUGGCUGGUUUUCAUGGAGACCCACGGCUGCCCUACGGAGGCCAGUGCCGGCCCUGUCCCUGUCCUGAAGGCCCUGGGAGCCAGCGACACUUUGCCACUUCUUGCCAUCGGGAUGGGUACUCCCAGCAGAUCGUGUGUCACUGCCGAGCAGGCUACACAGGGCUGCGGUGUGAAGCUUGUGCCCCUGGACACUUUGGGGACCCAUCAAAGCCAGGUGGCAGGUGCCAGCUGUGUGAAUGCAGUGGGAACAUUGACCCCACGGACCCUAAUGCCUGUGAUCCCCACACGGGGCAGUGUCUGCGUUGUUUACACCACACGGAGGGCCCCCACUGUGGCCACUGCAAGCCUGGCUUCCAUGGGCAAGCUGCCCGACAAAGCUGUCACCGCUGCACCUGUAAUCUUCUGGGAACCGAUCCCCAACAGUGCCCAUCAACUGACCAGUGUCACUGUGACCCAAGCAGCGGGCAGUGCCCAUGCCUCCCUAAUGUCCAAGGCCUUAGUUGUGACCGUUGUGCCCCCAACUUUUGGAAUCUCACCAGUGGUCGUGGCUGCCAGCCUUGUGCCUGCCACCCAAGCCGGGCUAGGGGCCCUACCUGCAAUGAGUUCACUGGGCAGUGCUACUGCCGUGCUGGCUUCGGUGGACGGACUUGUUCUGAGUGUGAAGAGCUCCACUGGGGAGACCCUGGGUUGCAGUGCCGUGCCUGUGAUUGUGACCCUCGAGGAAUAGACACACCUCAGUGUCACCGCCACACGGGCCAUUGUAGCUGCCGCCCAGGCGUGUCUGGCGUACGCUGUGACCAGUGUGCCCGUGGCUUCUCAGGCGUCUUUCCCGCCUGCUACCCCUGCCAUGCGUGCUUCGGGGACUGGGACCGUGUGGUACAGGACUUGGCUGCCCGUACACGGCGCCUGGAGCAGUGGGCGCAGGAGUUGCAGCAGACGGGUGUGCUGGGUGCUUUUGAGAGUGACUUUCGGCGCUUGCAGGAAAAGCUGGGCAUGGUGCAGAACGUUGUGGGUGCCCGCAAUGCCUCAGCUGCCUCCACUGCAAAGCUUGUGGAGGCCACAGAGGACCUGAGGCGUGACAUUGGGAAGGCCACUGAGCACCUGACUCAGUUGGAGGCACAGCUGACAGAUGUGCAGGAUGAGAACUUCAAUGCCAACCAUGCACUCAGUGGCCUGGAGCGAGACGGCCUUGCGCUUAAUCUCACCCUGAGGCAGCUUGAUCAGCAUCUGGACCUGCUCAAGCAUUCCAAUUUCCUGGGUGCCUAUGAUAGCAUCCGCCAGGCCCACAGCCAGUCUGCAGAGGCAGAACGUCGUGCCAACACCUCCACUCUGGCAGUGCCCAGCCUUGUGAGCAAUUCAGCAGAUACCCGACAUCGGACAGAAAUGCUGAUGGAUGCCCAGAGGGAAGACUUCAACCGCAAACACCUGGCUAACCAGCAGGCACUGGGCCAGCUCUCUGCACAUACCCACACUCUGAGCCUGACAGGCAUAAAUGAACUGGUGUGUGGGGCCCCUGGGGACGCCCCCUGUGCCACCAGCCCUUGUGGGGGUGCCGGCUGUCGGGAUGAGGAUGGGCAGCCUCGUUGUGGUGGCCUCGGUUGCAGUGGGGCAGCAGCCACAGCAGACCUAGCGUUGGUCCGAGCCCGGCACACACAGGCAGAGCUGCAACGGGCACUGGUAGAAGGUGGUGGCAUCCUCAGCCAAGUGGCUGAGACUCGUCGGCAGGCAGAAGAGGCACAGCAGCGGGCCCAGGCAGCCCUAGACAAGGCUAAUGCUUCUAGGGGACAAGUGGAACAGGCCAAUCAGGAGCUUCGAGAACUUAUCCAGAAUGUGAAGGACUUCCUCAGCCAGGAAGGAGCUGAUCCUGAUAGCAUUGAGAUGGUGGCCACACGGGUGCUAGAACUUUCCAUCCCAGCCUCACCUGAGCAGAUCCAGCAUCUAGCAAGUGCAAUUGCAGAACGGGUCCGGAGCCUGGCAGACGUGGACACAAUCCUGGCGCGUACUAUGGGGGAUGUGCGUCAAGCUGAACAACUUCUACAGGAUGCACAGCGGGCACGGAGCCGGGCAGAGAGUGAGAAACAGAAGGCAGAGACAGUACAGGUGGCACUAGAGGAGGCCCAGCGGGCACAAGGUGCUGCCCAAGGUGCCAUCCAGGGAGCGGUGGUGGAUACCCAGGACACAGAGAAGACCCUGCACCAGGUACAGGAGAGGAUGGCAGGUGCAGAGCAGGCACUGAGUUCUGCAGGUGAGCGGGCUCAGCAACUGGAUGCUCUCCUGGAGGCUCUGAAACUGAAACGCGCAGGAAACAGCUUGGCAGCUUCUACAGCUGAAGAAACAGCAGACAGUGCCCAGAGCCGUGCCAGGGAGGCAGAGAAGCUGCUGCAGGGACCAGUGGGUGACAAGUACCAAACCGUCAGGGCCUUGGCUGAGCGCAAGGCCCAGGGUGUGCUAGCUGCCCAAGAAAGGGCAGAACAAUUGCGGGAUGAAGCGCGGCGCCUGUUGCAGGCGGCACAGGACAAGCUGCAGAGGCUACAGGAACUGGAGGGCACCUAUGAAGAGAACGAACGUGCAUUAGAGGGCAAGGCAGCCCAGCUCGAUGGGCUGGAAGCCAGGAUGCGCAGUGUGCUUCAGGCCAUUAACCUGCAGGUCCAGAUCUACAACACCUGCCAGUGACCACUCUCCAGUCCAGGGGCCUAAGGCCCUGUUAUCCCCAGCACUGCUCCGCACGCAUGUCUGCCCGCACAUUUAAAAAGUUCGUGGCCUGUAAAGGCUCCCAAUAAAACCAGUGUGAACCUCCA